AUGUCGGCUCUUCCAUUAGCUUCUAUCGGGGAAUUUUACAUUAAAUCUAGCGCAUCUCCCUCCGGUAAUGCAACUUUGCUUGCCCCUGCCGCUCAAAAUUUAGUCGUUGACGUAGAACACGGUGGUUUCUUUGGAGGCUGGAGUACUGCUAAAGAAGGAACAAAAGCAAUCCUCGCUACUCAAAAAAGCGACAAAGAACACGACACUUAUCAAUUAUGGAAAUACGACGAUGGUUGGAUUAUUCACAAACAAAGCUCUUUAUGUUUAGAAGUUGAAAAUGGUAAAUCUGGUAACCGCCUGUUACUUCAUUCCAGAAAAAGUCCAAAUCAAGCUAUCAAUCAAAGAUGGGUCUUUACCAACGAAGGUCACAUUGCUUUGCAAAAUAAUCCUAAAUUAGUAUUGGAAAUAAAAAGCUCAUCUGCGAAAGAUAAUGCACCAAUUAUUUUGAGCGAUAGUAAAUCAAAAUCUUUCAAACCUGCUUUAUCCAAAUGGGUUGUGAUUCCUACCCAAAAAAUAAGAGUUCAAGGCAAAUCUGAUCCAUAUGUUAGAGUUUUCCAUCAAAGUAAUACCAAAGAGCCUUUGUUAGCAACUCGCGUUAUUGAUAACGAGUUGAAUCCUGUUUGGAAUGAAGUUCAUUAUUUACCUGUAAAUCAUAUCGGAGAAAAAUUCAUCCUUGAAGUAAUGGAUCACAAUACUAUAACUAAACAUGUAGCGCUUGGUCAAGUUAAUUUUGAAAUUACAAGAGAACUUGUUAAAGAAGUUGGUGAAAAUACCUAUGAACCUAAUCCAAAUGGAAUAGAUGUAUGGGUUAGACUCUCAACUCAAGGCCAAAUUCAUUAUAAAGCUAAAUUCUUUUCAUUAGCCGCUCCUCGAAAAUUAUCUCCAGAUUUUCUUGCAAAUCUUAAAGAAAAACCUUUUGAUUCUUCCACACUUUUUAAUGUUAUCACAUUACAAUCAUCGGACGGUAGCUUUUCUAGCUCACCCCUUUUGGCAAACUUAUUUGGUUAUGAAAAAUCAGAAGAACUUAUGACUUUAUUCCGUAAACAUAUCAAAAAUGAAAGAUUAUCGAAAGUUAAAGAGUCUGUUUGUAUAACUAGCAUGGUCAUGUGGUUCUUAAUAUAUUUAUUCAAAGAUCUCCGUAAAGAAUGGAACAGUACUUAUUUACGUGCUGAACAAUACAUCAUUAAAGAAGCAGGCGGUAGUUAUGAAUUGGAAGAACUUAUAGUUUCAACUGGUAAAUGUGCUAUCCGUGAUCGUUUUGACAUUAAAGUAUCAGAGGAAAUAGGCUUCAGACAUAAAAAAAUCACAUUUACUCAAACAGAAAUCACGGUUACUCGUGUACAAAACAUAAUAAAAUAUCAAAACAGCGAUGGUUCAUUUAAAAUUGAUGAUAAUGUUGCAAAAUUACUUGGUUUUGAAUCUAUCGAGAAGCUUACUUUAAUUCUUACACAACACAUAAAGUCACAUUCUUCUAAUAGUUCAACAAUAUCUAAAUUAGAAAUCAAUGUUUGGAUUACUAUCCUUGUAAUUUAUUACUUACGUCUUAUUUGUAUCGAACACAAAAAAACAUGGAUUUCUCAACAUGAAAAAGCUUAUGUUUGGUUAUGGAGCAUAUUUUUAAGCGAAGAAGUUGAAAGUGAAACCUUUUCAACAAUUAAAUCAUUUGUGAAGGAAGUAUACGACAUACAAAGUGAGACCUUGGUAUCAGAUAGUAAAUUCGAGACUGAAUUUGCUACCAAAAAAACCACUAUAAAAUCAUCUAUUAGUAGAAGCUCACAACAUGAGAUUGAAGAACAUCAAAAAAUUACUUCUUCGCCAAAAACUAAAAUAUAUACCCGAAAAACUGUUACUAUCAUUAUUGUACGUCGCUUCCUCGGUUAUCAAACAAGUAGUGGUUGUUAUGAACUUAGUAAUCAAUUAUCUCAAUCACUUGGAUUUUCUUCAAGUGAAGAAGCAAAAACUCAAUUGUUAAAACAUUUCUCCUCAUUUUCUCGAUCUUCCAGACUUGAUGUUAAUAUUUGGAGCACUGCCAUUAUGAUUUGGUAUCUUCGUUAUGUCUUGAUAGAUUUCAGAUAUGAAUGGAUUGAAUAUUACAAUAAAUCUUUGAAAUGGCUAAGUAGUACUGUGAAAGAUAAAGAAACUGAAGAGGAGGUUCUUGAGGCUGCCAGAAUAUUUGUCAAGAAAAGAUUUGAAGUAGAAGAAUCUACAAUACAAGAAGUCAGCAGCAGCAUUUUUGUAAAACAUGAAACUAUCACAGUCGAAACCACAAAAACCAUCACCUCUAAACAAAAUAAAGACGGCUCUUUCCACAUUUCAGAUACACUUUCUGGAAUUCUUGACAUUUCCUCAGAUACAAAAUCUCAAUCAUUCACAUCUACCAUUCAAACUUAUGCUGUCAGCGAGCGUCUCAAGAAAACUACUACACAUUAUACUUGGUGGACAACUGCAAUUACCAUCAGUUAUCUUAAAAUACAUGCUUCCUCUCAUGAAACAACAUGGAAAGUUCAAUAUGAAAAGGCCAGAAAAUAUUUAAGUGAACAGAUCAAAGACGUUGAACUUGAAGAAGAACUUUUGAAAACUUGUUCUAAAAUUGUUGAAGAAAAAACAACCAAAAAAGUUACCACUGAUACUAAAACCAUUGUCGUCGAACAUACUACCGCUGAGAAUAUUUUUAGUGGAGUGACCUCAACUAAAACUGUUUCUUAUAAACAAGAUGGGUACAUUAAUUCAGAAUUGAUUGUUGUCGGUGCAGCUUGUUAUGCAAAAUGUAAAUGUACAAAACAUUUUACACGAACCAAAGAAGCAUUUAGUAAAGAAAAGGCCAACGAAAUUAUUGCUCAAUAUGCAACUGAAGAAGUUGAAAGAUUACUUUCUUCUAAUCCUACUCGUGAUAAUAAGGAUGAUAUUAUCAAACGUGCUAAACAGGCGGCUAGCUUUAUUAUUGAUGAAUAUAUUGUUAAGACUGGUGGAAAAGAAUGUUAA